GCAUGGACGAGUUGGUGGCCGCCAAACAGAACUGGACUGAACAGGAUCGCCUCGAACUGGCUGCGAAGCUUGACGCGGAGCUGGAUGCCUUCAUCGAUGGCUUGGAACGUAAACGUUACGAGGAAGGGUGGCCUGAAGACCGCUGGCAGGAGGAAAUGGACAAGCAUCCGUUCUUCAUGAAACGAGCUCCACAACCGGGCGACGAAGUGCAUCCAAUGUUCGAGGGCUUGCAGAAGCUUAAGUACGAUCCGGAUGAAAAUACACGUGAGGAACUGGCGUUAAACUACAAAGAGGAUGGAAACUUUUACAUGAAGCACAAAAAGUUUCGCAUGGCAGUUUAUAGCUUCACUGAGGGUAUAAAGGCCAAAUGCGAGAAUUCGGAGGUUCUGGCCGUGCUCUACAACAACCGGUCGGCGGCGCAGUAUUUUCUCAAGAACUACAGAUCCGCUUUGAGCGAUGCACAGCGUGCCCUCACCUAUAAGCCUGACUACAUCAAGGCACUAUGGCGAGCAGCUCAGUGUGCUCACGAGCUGGACAAGUUCAAUUUGUGCACGCAACUGUGCGAGGAGCUGCUCGAGGUGAAUAUCGAUCACAAGGAAGCAAAAGAGCUGCUGCACAAGACCAAAAUGAACAAGAUUGAAAUGGAACGCAAUCAGCGUAAGCAAGCUGCCGAGGCAAAACGUCGCCUCACACACUUUCACAAGCUGCGGGAUGCUUUGGAGCAUCGUUCUGUAAAAUUUGAUGAUCUUAAAGCGAACAAACACAUAACUGAGGAGCUACUGCGCCCAAAAUUUUUGCCACUUGAGGAUUUUCCAGUACACUUAGACAGCGCGGAUGGCGUCUCACUUAUUUGGCCAGCUGCCUUCUCCUAUCCAGAGUUCCUGUUAAGUGAUUUCCAGCAACAGCUGCCAGAAAGUGCCACUAUGACUGAUUGCUUGACGACGCUCUUUGCUGAGCCCCUGCCCUGCGAUAAGUCAAAUAGCUAUCGCUUGGGCAAUGUUACUGUUUACUACGAGAACCGCAAGGUUGGUUGCGUCCACAAGGUGAGCCUGGAAAAGACGCUGCGCGACAUCAUAAGCGAAAGAAGUUUUUUCGUUUCCGGUGGCGCCUUGCUGUUCUAUGUGGUGCCAUCAGGCACACCCAUCGAGCAGGAGUUUAUACACCAGCAACGGCGGCCACUGAUUUACAGCUGAGCUGUAAUAUGUAAGAUCAUACGACGGUAAUGCCACAAAUCAAAACACGUUCUUUUAACAAA